AUGGGUCUCGUCGACUACUCCGAGUCCGAAUCGUCCGGCUCCGAGGCCGAAGCGCCCGCAAAGCCGAUCGCAAAGCCGAAGCCUGGCGGCCUCGACAAGUCGAAAUCUGGCAAGAUCAUCGUCAACCUCGCUGGCAACGCGGCCGCCGCACCGUCCACCUCGAGCAGCGACGAGCCGCCGGCCAAGCGAGCGCGCACGGCGGGCGGCGGGCGGUUUGCCGGCUUCAACUCAUUCUUGCCAGCGCCCAAGAACGCCGCGCCCGCGGGCGGCUCCAAAGGCCCCGGUCUGAGGACGAGCGCGGCGCCGGGCUUCAGCAGGGACGCGUCCUCCUCGUCGACGGUGGAUGCCGUUGCGGCGGGCGGGGAUACUGCAGAUGAGAGAUCCGUGCCGAAGAGCUCGGGACUGAACCUGCCACCGCCAAAGAGCGCGGUUGUCGCGGAACCGUCGAUUCCAGAGGGCCAGAAGCCAGCUUCCGAGGUCAAGUUGACGGGCAAGCCGCUCAUGUUUCGACCGCUGUCCGUAGCGCAGGGCAAGAAGAAGAAGACAACAGCAGCAGCAGCAGCAGCAAAGCCCAUACCCACAGAAGCCAAGAGCGUGCCAACUCCUCCCACCCCCGCCGUAGAACCGCCCAAGAAGAAGCCAUCGCUCUUUUCGAUUCCCUCCGAGGACACAACACCGGCACCAGGCCCGUCACUACCCGGCAGCAGCAGCGUCUACGAGCCCCUCUUUGAGACCGAGACCGUCACCACCACCCACGACGACCACUACGGGAGCGCCCGCCUCGCCGCUGAGCCCGUGGCGGAGUCGGUCGGCGACAUGGCCGACGACAUGAACCUCUCCGCCGCGGCACGCCGGGAGCUCUUCGGCCGUGGCGGCGGCGACUCGCAGGCGGCGGCAGCGGCGAACCGCGUGGUCAACUUCAACAUGGACCGCGAAUACCAGCACAAUCAGGCGCUGCGAGCGAGCGGGCAGCUGCAGCCGACGCACAACCCGGUGCGCGCGAUCCAAGGCGGCGGCAAGCACAGCCUGCGACAACUCGUCACCAACGUGCAGGGACAAAAGGACGCGCUUGAGGACAGCUUCGCCAAGGGUCGGUCGAACCGCCGCGAGGCGUCGAGCCGGUACGGGUGGUGA